GGCAUCUCUCUCACUCCAGCCCCUUCCUCUUCCUAAGAUACCCGUGUCUUCUACCUUCCUGUGGUAGAAGAGUGGAUGGGUUAAUUCCCUUCCAUAAUCCUCCCAGGACCUAGAGGCUUUCAGAUCAGGGCUGGGAGGGGCCCAGACAGUUCUCCCCAGGACCUCUUCUACCUUUGGAAUGCCUAUCACCUGGGGGAGGGGGGUGUCAGACAUCCCCCAGACCCAUCCUGCAUUCCACUCUAUCCAGAUUGAGGCCUAGAGAGGGGCGGAAGUCCUUUAGAGUCACAGGGAAUGGCAGCGCCUGGACUGAUACUCUGCCCAGCUGCUUUGCCUGACCCUCUCAGAGCAUAACUUCCGGACACCUGCACCUAGAAGCCGCCCAGUGCCCCGAGCUGUCUCCAUGGCCUGCCUGAGCUCCUCGCAGCUCCAGAAGUUCCGAGAGGAUGGGUUCCUGGUACUGGAAGGAUUCUUGUCUGCAGAAGAGUGUGUGGCCAUGCAACAGAGGAUUGGCAAGAUAGUGGCCGAAAUGGAUGUCCCUCCCCACUGCCGAACAGAGUUCUCCACCCAUGAAGAGGAGCAGCUUCGAGCCCAGGGCAGCACAGACUAUUUCUUAAGCAGUGGUGACAAGAUUCGAUUCUUCUUUGAGAAAGGCGUUUUUGAUGAGAAAGGUUUGGAGCGGGGUCCCCAGAGCUGGAGAGGAGACAUGGAAAUUUCCUGGUCCCUCCAGAGAAAUCCAUCAACAAAAUUGGCCAUGCUCUGCACGCCCACGACCCCAUCUUCAGGAGCAUCACACACUCUCCCAAGGUGCAGGCCUUGGCCAGAAGUCUGGGCCUCCAGAUGCCUGUGGUGGUGCAGAGCAUGUACAUCUUUAAGCAACCUCACAUUGGCGGUGAAGGAUGCCUCUUUCCUGUACACGGAGCCCCUAGGCCGGGUGCUGGGCAUGUGGAUCGCGUUGGAGGAUGCCACGCUGGAGAACGGCUGUCUCUGGUUCAUCCCUGGCUCCCACACCAGUGGCGUGUCAAGAAGGAUGGUCCGGGCCCCUGCUGGUUCAGCGCCUGGUACCAGCUUCCUCGGGUCAGAGCCAGCCUGGGAUAACAGCCUCUUUGUGCCCACCCCAGUACGGAGAGGGGCCCUGGUCCUCAUCCACGGAGAAGUGGUGCACAAGAGCAAGCAGAACCUCUCCGACCGCUCACGCCAGGUCUACACUUUCCACCUCAUGGAGGCAUCUGGCACCACCUGGAGCCCAGAGAACUGGCUCCAGCCAACAGCUGAACUGCCCUUUCCCCCGCUGUACACCUAAAGGUUCUCACAGGAUGGGAGCCCUGGACCCUCUCCGUGAAGCUGUGGGCUGCAAACACCAGCGCCUUGCUCGGCCUCCUGGUUGUAACAGGGAGGUCUCGGGGCUUUCCUCUUGCCCUGUGGGCAGCAGCCUGGGCGGGGUCAGGGCUUCCCCAAUAUUUUCACCUGUCUGCCUCCCUACUGCCCCAACACAGCCUUGAGGAGGCCUCUCAGCCACCAAAGAGUGCUGGCCCCUUCUCACUCUCCUCUCCUCUCAGAUGGAACUCUGGUUAUUAUGGUGUUAGAUAUUGAAUAAAAAUGACUUCAGAAUGCA